UUUCCCCAAGAUGCUGUGAGGCAAAACGCAACGUCGGCCAUUUUGUUAGAAAGAAGUGUGCUUCACAGUCGAGAAGAUCCGAAAUUCGUAUGAAUUUCGGAACAAAAACAGGCCAAUCAGUUGCAAACUAGUGUGAAAACGUGUGAUUAGGCUUCUUGAUCGAUUGCAGCAUACCGAAUAGGAUGGAGGAUAAGGCUAUGCUAAAAGAUUUAGACCAAUGGAUCGAACAACUGAACGAGUGCAAACAAUUGACCGAAUCGCAAGUGAAAAUUCUGUGUGAUAAGGCGAAGGAAAUUCUAUCGAAGGAGUCUAACGUACAGGAGGUGAAAUGUCCGGUAACAGUAUGCGGAGACGUACAUGGUCAGUUCCACGAUCUGAUGGAGCUGUUUCGGAUAGGUGGACGAUCGCCGGAUACUAACUAUUUGUUCAUGGGAGAUUAUGUCGAUCGUGGCUAUUAUUCGGUAGAAACCGUUACUUUGUUGGUGGCAUUGAAGGUACGAUAUCGCGAAAGAAUCACUAUCCUUCGUGGUAAUCACGAGUCGCGGCAAAUUACGCAAGUGUACGGUUUCUACGACGAAUGUCUGCGAAAGUACGGCAAUCCGAACGUAUGGAAGUUCUUUACGGAUUUGUUUGACUAUUUGCCACUGACGGCCCUGGUUGAUGGACAGAUCUUCUGCCUGCACGGAGGGCUCAGUCCUUCGAUUGAUACGCUUGAUCACAUUCGAGCACUCGAUAGACUUCAGGAGGUGCCACACGAAGGUCCCAUGUGCGAUCUGCUCUGGUCCGAUCCAGAUGAUCGAGGUGGCUGGGGUAUAUCGCCACGAGGAGCAGGCUACACAUUUGGACAGGACAUUUCGGAACUGUUCAAUCACACAAACGGGCUGACAUUAGUAUCAAGAGCACAUCAGUUAGUAAUGGAAGGAUACAAUUGGUGCCACGAUCGUAAUGUUGUCACAAUUUUCUCUGCACCGAACUACUGCUACCGUUGUGGCAAUCAGGCAGCAUUGAUGGAACUGGACGAUGCACUCAAGUUUUCAUUCCUACAAUUUGAUCCAGCUCCACGUCGUGGUGAACCACAUGUGACCAGAAGAACGCCGGAUUAUUUCCUUUAAGAACAAUAUCCUUACUAUAUGAUGCUGAAAUAAUAGCACGAGUAAACAAAUUAAGCAGGUACACAACAUUAAGAGAGACAGGCCAACUGAAGCUGCAUCUUCAAAUAGAAAAAGGGCAAACAUGUUGAAAGGAAGGAACAGGUGAUGCCAGUACAGCAAAUUGACCGAACAAAAUCGUGAAAGAUGUGUAAUGCGUAAUGUCUCGUACAACCAACACAUUUAAGCGUAAUAAUUACAUCGUAAUCAAAUAAUAAAAAUGAAAGAUCUAUUUAACAAAACAAAGGGAACAGCCAACAAACUGACAAGCCGGAUCUUUUGCCAAGCAAACUAAACCAGCAGGUGUUAAGAGGAAAAAAAAACGCUCGACAGCUUUCGCUAUCGCAAUACGAACUAAAAACGGACACCGGCGGCACUACGAUGCAAAUGCUGCUGCUGACAAGAAUUCUUAUCGGUUUAAAUGAGUGCAAAUGAGGAGAAGGAACUUUGUUUACGUCUGUUGGCAUAUUGUGCUGCUUAUUUCUAAAACGAAUCCGCAAUGGCAAAUGUUCAGAAGAAAUGGAUUAAAACACACCGCAACAUGAUCGAUUUCCUGGUACAUUAAUUACGAGUGGAAGAAGCCAUGCUAUAACAAGACGAUGGUCAAAAAAUCCCGCCCGUUUGUAUGAAAGGGGCCUAUUUUUGAGCGCGCGCGCGCACACACACACGUUUACGUUGUGUGGCUGUGUGUGAGAAGGUCGAUACCGGUAGGCAAUGAUCAAUCAACAGUGAGAGAGGUUGCAAAUUGCAUGUUGAAUGUUCUUCGCAAGCAACCAGACUGCAUCCAUUGAGGAUGAUGAGACACACGAGGGUGGAAGGUAUAGUAAUGUUGGAAAAGGAAGGAAAUGUAAUACUACUCUACUACUAUUACUAUUACUACUUAAGCUGAAGGAAGGAGAAGAAUGAUGAGGAAAGUAUCCGUCUGUGCGUGUGGGUAACGGGAGAAUAAGAAAAAAAUGGAAUAUGGAAAUGUGCACACUAAAUGAAGUAUUAGAAAGUCAGAAAAUGUAAGCAACCCAAACCCAACCCUCUCACCCGAGUCUAUCCGUUGAUGGUCCAUUCUAUUUAAAUAUCACUUCUUUUAUAUUUUGGGUGUAUUUUAAUAAGCGACACGACGCCAUAUUGGGCUUUAGGUAACACUUUUCGUUAAAAACGUCGGAAAAGGAUAGAAUGGGGGCUAAUCUUAUGGCUGAUGAAAACAAAGUAAUGAUCAUGAUCCAAUAAACGUAGAUCGAUCGUCGCUAUUGCUGACUAAUCGUUUCAAUAUAGCACACUACAAGAUAAAUAUACGCAAAUAUUUUGUUAAUAUUUGUUCUCUUUGCUUUUACGGCGGUUAAGGUUUCCCUGAAUUGUGCUUGUGGAAAAACGCUGGCAAUGUUGCGAGCCAUCUGUAUUAAAAGUUAUUAUUGUACAUUGAAACUGUGGCUUUUUCCUUGGUCGAGAUAUGAUAUUCCGCUAGCGAGAAUGAACGGAUAUGCGAUCUUGCUAGAGCACAACAGUUCGCCUCCACUUUGAAAUGAUCGGGAACGAAAGGCACGCGUUCCCACAGGGUGGUUAGUAGAUGUAAUUAAAUAUCCACCGUGGCUAUCAUCAUACACAUGUUUGCGUUUUUGCUCCUCUAUUCUAUUGUUUGCGGAAUGUGUUGGUACACUGUGGUCUUGUGUUGUGGCUGGCAAUCAAUUUGUUUUCCAUGCGUGAGAAAUUUUUGGCAUGAGAUAUGGAGACAGCUAGUUUAGAAUUCAAUCAAACAAGCAGCGUAUUAUUGCAUCAUGAAACAAACCAACAAUUACUUCGUGUUAUGUCUUAUUAAAAGUUCAAACGAACGAGUUUCUGGCUAAGCGGUUUAGUAGAGCAGAAGCACACAUACACACACACACACACGCAUACACGUACGUCGAAAUACAUCGAUGUAUAAGGGCAGGAAAUGAAAAGAAACAAGAGCAUUAUAAAAAUUUCGUUUUAUUAGUGGUUUUACUUUGAUGGAAGAAUGGUUAAAACAUUCGCUAGCUUCAAUACACAUGCAACAAAUAAAAACGUAACAACUGAAACAAACAGUCCCGUA